UUAAAUGAUUGGGGUAUAAAAUAUGCCAAACUUCGUACAAAAGAAGGUUAUAUGAUUGGUUCUUUAAUGUCUAAAGUAGCAGCUAAUGCUCGUGAUAAUUCAUGCGUAAUGGUCAAUGUUUCUAAGCUAAAACAUACCAAAAAAUAUGAAUUACAACAAUAUUUUGGUUAUGUACAUUUUUAUUUUUAUUAUGUAUAUGAUGGAAAAUAUCAGCUAUUUGCAUAUAUUCACAAUGCUAAGAAUGUACGAAAAGGACUAUAUAACUUAUAUAGUUUUGAAGAAUUCGGUGAUUAUGAGUUUGUAGAUGUAUCAAUGAUACAAAGAUGUGUAGGAUUUUUAAAAGUUGGAAAUUACUUUUACAUUAUAGAUAAGAAAAAUUAA